AUGAGUUUUAUAUUGUUUAUUUUAUUAUCUGGGGUUUUUUCCUCAGAGAGUAGCACUUUGAAGCCCACUAGUACAGCAUUACCCAGAAUGAUGCCUUUAGAUGAAGGUGAACAUCACCAGGAAGAAGAAAACUAUAAGGACGACGCUCACAGUGGUGCUCCUGCUAAUGAGAAAAGUGGCAAUUAUUACAGAGAUAUAAAACAAUAUGUGUUGACAACACAAAAUCCAAAUGGCACUGAAUCUGAAAUAACUGUGAGUGCAACAACCGAUCUGAGAUUGGCUCUAAAAAACUGAACAACCCCAAAUGUGCCUGCAUUUUGGACAAUGUUAGCUAAAGCUAUAAAUGGAACAGCGGUGAGCAUGGACGAUAAAGAUCAAUUAUUCCACCCAAUUCCAAAAUCUGAUAUGAAUGCCACUACCCCAGCCAAGGAGACAGAGCUAGAGAAUCUUAAGAUCAAAUUAAUGCUGGGCAUCUCGUUGAUGACCCUCAUCCUUUUUGUGGUCCUCUGUGCAUUCUGUGCUGCCACACUGUACAAACUGAAGCAGCUCAGUUAUAAAGGUUGUGGUGCUCAGUACUACCCCGUCAACCCACAGCUGGCCACUAUGUCUUACUUUCAUCCAUCAGAAGGUGUAUCAGAUACAUCUUUUUCUAAGAGUGCAGAGAGCAGCACAUUUUGGGGCAAGAAUUCUUCACAUAUUAGAGAUUCAGGCCUAAUAACAUCAAAAUCUAAAACUAUAACUGAUAUGACUUCCACAGGCUCAGAAGAUACAGGCAUGAAUGAUGAAUUAGAUUGACUGAACUAUGAGAAACCAAAUGAGGAAAUCAAUGAUGAAGAAUAGAGAACUUUAAUUCUUUUGUCAUAAAACUUUCUUUGUGUCUCAUAUUAAUGUCAUGAUUUUGAAACUCUGCUCAGACAUUUAAAUAUUCUGGUGUCUUGAAAG